GCGCCCACCCGCGCUACAUAAGGUGACACCACCCCCCACACCCCCACACCGGGCGUCACAGCCGCACUCGCACACAGUCAGCCACCGCUCGAGCACCCGCAGGGGCGCGCGUGUGAGCAGAGAGCAGAGCACAGCACAUCAAGGGAAGGAAAAGCCAUGGGCGAGGAGGCCAAGAAGGAGGAGGUGGAGAAGCCCAAGGAGGCGGCGCCGGCGGAGGAGAAGCCGAAGGAAGCAGCGCCGGCGGAGGAGAAGCCCAAGGACGCCGCACCGGCGGAGGAGAAGUCCAAGGAAGGCGGCGGCGGCGGGGAGGAGAAGAAGGAGGAGGCGCCGCCGCCGCCGCCCCCGCCGCCGGAGGAGGUCGAGAUGCGGGUCUACAUGCACUGCGAGGGAUGCGCCAGGAAGGUCAAGAAGAUCCUCAGGCGCUUCGACGGAGUGGAGGACGUGAUUGCUGACUCAAAGGCACACAAGGUGGUGGUGAAGGGGAAGAAGGCCGCCGCCGACCCGAUGAAGGUGGUGGAGCGCGUCCAGAAGAAGACCGGGCGCAAGGUGGAGCUCCUCUCGCCGAUCCCGCCUCCGCCGGAGGAGAAGAAGGAAGAGGAGAAGAAGGAGGAGCCCGAGCCACCCAAGCCGGAGGAAAAGAAGGAGCCACCGGUGAUCGCCGUGGUGCUGAAGGUGCACAUGCACUGUGAGGCCUGCGCUGAGGGGAUCAGGAAGAGGAUCCUCAAGAUGAAAGGAGUGCAAUCUGCAGAGCCAGACCUGAAGGCAUCCGAGGUGACAGUGAAGGGUGUGUUCGAGGAGGCCAAACUGGCCGAGUACGUGUACAAGCGCACCGGCAAGCACGCCGCCAUAAUCAAGUGCGAGCCUGUCCCUCCGCCGGAGAGCGCUGGCGGCGACGACAAGGCCAAGGAGGAGAAGAAGGCAGAAGGUGGCGGCGAGGAGAAGAAGGAUGACGGCAAGGAGGAGAAGAAGGAAGGCAAAGAAGGUGGCGGUGAGGAGAAGAAGGACGAGAAGGAGAAGGAGAAGGAAAGCGGUGAAACUGCUGCCGGCGACGAGAAGGAUAAGGCUGACAAAGAGAAGGAUGCCGCUGCCAUCGCCGCGGCUAGCCUGUACAUGCACUACCCACGGUUCCCAUUCCCCGCUGGGUACUACCCGCCACCCCCACUACCGCCGCCCGGGUAUGUCUACCAGCCAGCCUACCCGCCGCCGUCAUACGCCGCGCACCACCAGACGAUGGCUCCGCAGAUCUUCAGCGACGAGAACCCGAAUGCCUGCUCCGUCAUGUAAAAAAGGUAGAACCGUGGGGGUCUAGAGCAAAAAAAAUAAGAAGCGGGGGAUGGAAAGGAAGAGCUGCAUAAUUUGGAGGUUGUCUUUGCAAAAAAUGCCCUUGAGCAAAGCAAAUGGCAACUUGAAGAAAAGUACCAGGCUUUUUGAGGGGUUAGAUUUCCAUUUCUUUUUUUCUCUCUUCUUUUCUUUUUUGUAAUUUUAACCCUUUUUUUUUCACCUUUCUGGUAUAAAGUAAGUCUGGUCAGUUUAUGGAUGCUAUCUUUAUGUAGAAUUUUGCCUUGUACUGCCUCAGCUUCAGACUUCUAUAAAAACUGUACUAUACUAUAACAAUUUACCUUGGUUCCCUCUU